CUACAAGUCUAUGGAGCAGUUAUGUUAAUGGAAGUUGUUAAUUACUUUUAAUAGAAUGGUGAAUUCUGAGGAAGCAGCUGGUGUGUUGAGCCACUUCUGAGGACUGAAAAUGCCAGUAGUUGAAAGUGAGGCAAAGGCAAAAACCAGAGCCUGCUUUGAGGAGAUCUUCAGACAUCAUGCUGGCAUAGCAGGCACAAAGAAAUCAAAGAAAAAGAAGUUUCACUCUGAAGAGAAUAUUGUGCUUGACACCUUUAGAAGUAAUAUUGAUCUAGCUAAGGAAAGUGUGAAUGAUGAAGCAAUUCUAAACAACACAUACAAUCCUGAAGAAGAGAGUCCACGAUUUACAAAAAAUAAACUGAGAGAGAAAGCCUCAAUUGCAAAGAAAAUAAACAAUGAUAUUGUUAGUGGAGAGGAGAACAAGCAACCAAAGUCUAACAAGAAGAAAAAGAAAUCACUGUUACAAGAACAAUUUAAUGAGGAGGAAAAUUUACAUGAAGCUAAAUUGGAGAGUUUUGAGAAAAAGAUUAAUGAUUUUCCAAAGAAGAAAACAAAAAGUAAAUCGCGAACAGAUGUACCUCAUCAAGGAGGUGAUGGGAAGAUUAAAAAUUUCUUGACUGAAGUGAGAAAUGUAACUGAAUUAGAAGAGGAAGAAGAGCUAAUCCGAGCCUAUCAACUGCAUGUGGCUGAAGAUGAGGCAAAUGAAAUUAAAAAGAAAAUAAGAAUGAAACUUAAAGAACAGAUGUCUGAAUUUACUUCUACUGUUCAAAGCCAUGAAGUUGUAUUGAACAAUGAAUUAGGCAAAAAGAAGAAAAAGAAAGAAAAAGCAGUUUUAAGUGAAGCUGAAACAAGUGCAAUGUCCCUUUCUGAGCUACAGCAUCAUCCAGCACAAGAUGGCAAUGAAAAUCUUUCAUUGGAAAGACUAUUUACAUCAGAAGGGCAGAAACAGGAGGAAAGCAUGGAAAAACAGAAACCUAAAGCAAGGAAGGUUAAAAAGAAAAUCAGAAAAGAAGAAAAUACAGAAGUUGCUGCGGAAAAUGAUGAGGAAAUGAAGAAUUCGGAAAUUUCAACUCAGACUAAAUUUGGUUUUGGUGAUGAUCUUGUGUUGGGAGUUUACAUCCAUCGAUCUGAUCGACUUAAAACUGAUCUCCGGGUAUCUCAUCCCAUGGUUAAAAUCCAUGUUGUUGAUCAGAGAAGUGGCUUAUAUGUCAAGAAGGAUCAUAGCCAGAGGAAAGUUUCAUCUUACUAUGAACAAGAACAAAUAGAUCACAUUCUUCCUAUUAUGACACAACCAUAUAACUUCAGACAGUCUAAAUCAACAGUUCCGGAGUGGGAGGAGCAAGUCAUAUUUAAUGAGCGUUUUAGUUACUUUAUUCAAAACACUGAAGAAAGUCCUCUAGUAAUCCUGUUUUUUGAGGUGCUUGAUUUACUAAGUAUGGAUGAAUUGAGAGCCAAGUCUGAUGUACAAAUUCAGGAAUCUGGUUUCCGAAAAAUUUGUUGGGCAUUUCUAAAGGUUGUAGGUGCAAAUGGAGUUCUGAACAUUGAUGGAAAACUCCGUCUGCAAUUAUAUUACCCACCUCCAAAGACCAAAUCACAUUCUGAUGUGGUUGAGGUUUACAACUGGUGGGCAAAAUGUCCUAGAAAUCGUUACCCAUCAACUUUAUAUGUAACUGUAAGAGGCAUAAAACUACCAGAUCAUGUUCCUCCUUCUUUCCGCUCUAUGAUAGCUGUUCAGCAGGAGCAGUGCAGUGCAUCGUUGUGUGAGCACCAGAGAGAAGGAUCUAAAAACUCAUGUGAAUCUUUUCCAGAGGAGAAGAAAGAGCCAUUUAAAUGGACAAGAUUGCCUGGACAGGCUUGCCGCAUACCAAACAAGCUUUUGUUUUCACUGCGAGGUGGAGAGCUGGGCUGUUUCUGUAUUCGUUUCUCUCAUGAUGGGAAAAUGCUGGCAGCAGCAUGUGCAGGAAGGAAUGGUUAUCCCAUUAUUUUGUAUGAAAUUCCUUCUGGACAGCUCCUGAGAGAAUUUUAUGGUCACCUUAAUAUAGUGUAUGAUCUUUGUUGGUCAAAAGACAAUCAGUACCUUCUUACUGCAUCCUCUGAUGGCAUGGUCAGAAUGUGGAAGAUAGAAAUGCAGGCAGCAUCUGCAGUGAGAGUUUUUGCUCAUCCUUCAUUUGUUUACACUGCUAAGUACCACCCUAUUGCUGACUCAUUGGUCAUCACAGGAUGUUAUGACUCGGUGAUUAGAAUCUGGAAUGCAAAUGUGGAAGAAAUCCAUGGGCAACUGCUACAGGAGCUUGAUGGUCACAAAAGUUUCAUCAACACGCUUUGUUUUGAUGCAGAAGGGCUCCAUAUGUUCUCUGGAGAUGGUUCAGGACUGAUAAUAGUUUGGGAUACAUCUGUCAAAGAAAGUUCUCAAAACCUGUUUCAACAAUGGAGGAUUAAUAAGGAAAUCAAAGAAAAUGAUACUAAAGGAACACCAAUAAAUCAUUUGGAGGUGCAUCCAAAUGGAAGGCGUUUAUUAAUCCAUGCCAAAGACAGUACCCUGCGAAUCAUGGAUCUCAGAAUCUUGGCUACAAAGAAAUUCAUAGGUGCCACAAAUUGCAGAGAAAAGAUUCACAGCACGUUAACACCAUGUGGUACAUUCCUAUUUUCUGGAAGUGAAGAUGGAAAGGCUUAUGUUUGGAAUCCAGAAACAGGAGAUCAGGUGGCCAUAUAUUCUGAACUCUCCUUCACAUCUCCACUUCGUGAUGUUGCUUUUCAUCCACAUGAGCACAUGGUAUCAUUUUGUGCAUUUGGUCAAAACCAGCCGAUACUUGUAUACAUACAUGAUUAUAAAGUUGCACAACAGGAAGCUGAACUCAUAAAAGAUCUCAGUUCAUCACUUACCACAGCUGCACCAAGAGGGCCGCAGUUCUUAAGCAGUUUUUCUGAAAUUCCUGGAGAAAAAAGUUCAGUGAUAUCUCCAGCAGAUCAGUUUGUCAGUGUUGCAAGAGCAUCAAUGAGAAUGCAGAAGGUGAAACAAAAACUUGAUUCUGUUACG